AAAGUUUGAUAACCAAAAAGCCACCAACGACAUACUUGAACUCCGAAAACAACGUAAGGAACAACCCAACACAAAACCACCUCCGCCGCCGCCGUCACUACCGCCACCAAUGUCUACCGCCCCCUCCCUUUUCACCCCAUUCCCGCCUUUUUCUCCUCUCCCGAAAACCACCUCUAAAUUCUCCACCACCUUCCGUCUCCGCCUCCCUUCUCCCAUCACCACUCUCCGCCACCGCAAACAUUCCCCGUUCGCAGCCUUCUCCAACCUCCCCGGCGGCGGAAAUAACUCCGGCGGAGGCGGUGGAAACAAUGACAACGGAAAAGGAAAAGGUGGUAGUGGUGGCGGUGAUGAGAAUGCGGGAGAUGAGAACAGGAAAGAAGCGAUGAUUGUAUUGGCGGAGGCAGGGAGGUCAAUGGAAACCCUGCCGAAGGACUUGGCGGCGGCUAUCCAAGCCGGAAAGGUUCCUGGGUCGGUUAUAGACCGGUUCUUGGGUCUUGAAAAAUCGGAUCUUAUGCGUUGGCUAAUGCAGUUUGAUGGGUUUAAAGAAAGGCUUUUAGCUGAUGAUCUUUUCUUUGCUAAAGUGUUCAUUGAAUGUGGUGUUGGGAUCUUCACCAAGACUGCUGCUGAAUACGAACGUCGCAGAGAAAACUUUUUCAAGGAGCUCGAAAUCGUUUUUGCCGAUGUGGUGAUGGCCAUAAUUGCCGAUUUCAUGCUUGUUUAUCUUCCUGCUCCUACCGUUUCUCUCCGGCCUUCUCUUGCAGCUAGUGCCGGUGUUAUUUCCAAGUUCUUCCAUAGCUGUCCCGAUAAUGCUUUUCAGGUUGCUCUACACGGGACUUCAUAUUCACUUCUGCAGAGAUUAGGUGCUGUAAUGCGUAACGGGGCAAAACUGUUUGCAGUAGGCACCACUUCUUCCUUGGUUGGCACAGCUGCCACAAAUGCCUUGAUUAAUGCGAAAAAGGCCGUCGAUAAGUCUUCCGUUGAUGAAAUCGAAAACGUUCCCAUAUUAUCCACCAGUGUUGCAUACGGUGUAUAUAUGGCCAUUUCUAGCAACCUCAGGUACCAAGUGCUAGCCGGUGUAAUCGAACAACGGAUGUUAGAACCUCUGCUACACCAGCACAAGUUUUUGUUGAGCACGAUAUGCUUUGCCAUUCGAACAGGCAACACAUACUUGGGUUCCCUUUUGUGGGUCGAUUAUGCUCGUUUGGUUGGUAUUCAAAAACCGCAGGAAGAGGAGAACCCUGUAUUGGUAUCGUAAUUCAGGAAUCGGAAGCUUUGCUCGUGCAGCAUGUACUAAAGGAUUCAUCGUAGACAAAUCCAUGUCCGAAUCAUCCCGGAACUUACAGUUCUAUUGUUUGACAUUAUAUGCAUAUCAAGGUUUUUUUUUUUUUUUUCAUUUUGCUGUUGUUUUCGUGCCGGUCCGGGAUUCCGAAUACCCCUAACCAAUGGGUUAAAUUGAAUUUUCUUCCUAAGUUUCAGUAGUAUUUAGAUUUUCAUUUUUGCUACAUUCCAUUUUUGUGUGAAUUGAGACCAAAAGGGUCUGUUUCAUUUAAGACGAUAUAGUAAUACCCUUUCUCUUUUGGUCCCUAAA